AUGAGAUCCGACCCACCUUCUUCAGCCCAUUUCCGCAGAAAGCAAAAACCACCUCGUCCUACCUCGAUGAGCCCACCAAACACGCCAACUGUUCACGGAUUCAGGCUGGUCCGCCAAGCACGGCCCAAGCUUCAGCGGCCCACGCCAAACAAGACAACCGUUCACGGAUUCAGGCCUUCUUCAUGCGGUCCGCUUUCGUCCAGCCCACCGGCCCGCCUACCACUAGACCAGUCUGCGAAUCGGCCUGCGAACCGGCCCGCUCCAUCAAAUAGCAGGCCCAAUGCGGCCCACCUCCAAUCUCCUGCGGUCCACAUCGCCAAGCACGGCCCAAGAUUCAGCGGCCCACGCCUCAUUAAAAAAGAAUGA